AUGGCGCACUACACCUACCUCAAGGUGACCAAGGAGCACGCCAACGUGGCCAUCGAGUACCGAGACGCCCUCAAGGCCUUGAUAUUUCCAGCGGUCAACCUGGCCGCAGACAAGUCUGCCAGUCAGUUUUCUGCCGCGGCCCAGGUCCCCGAGGCGGAAGCACUGCCCCUGUCGGAGCUUGACGGGGGAGGCGAGGUCAAAGCCAUCCGCAGCAGGCGGUGGAGCGGGGAGCUGAAGGUGCUCAAGUCUCUCUUGGCGGCCCUGCAUUCUCUCCGGGCCCUGGCCGACCUGGAGAUCGAGCAGCAGCUCGACCCCGUGAUCCUGAUCGCGCCAAGCUCCGUGGUGCAGGUCCUGCACUGCUACUUCGCGAAUUCGCCCGUGAGCGAGGCCUCCGAGGUCGUGAUCCCGAGGCACAGCGUCGAGGUGUGGACGCCGUCGGGCGCUGGCUUCAGGCGCCAGAGCAUCGGCAGCGAGGACAUGUGCGUGUGA